AUGAGCACGCUUCCCGCCGAUCGUGGGCCGCCCAACUCUGUGCCUUCAGCGGUUGCUGGAGCCACAACACCCCAAUCUCGUAGGCCGAAUCGUCGGGGAAGAGGUCGUAGAAAUAAUUCUCCCCACCCCGAUGAUUCUAACGUUGGGACCGGACAAGCUCCGGUUUCAGCCUCUGAGACAUCAGCCAAUCGAGGCCGUCAUCGCAAUCGCCGACCUCGCCAGGAGCGACCAAGGGCGGCUGGUGGCGAGUCUGCCCAGUUGCCACCCCAUUUGGCCACUGAGAGUCAGGGAGAUGUCUCUGCCGCCGAAAGCGCUGGAUCCCAUACUCAACCACGUCGCGGUGGUGGCAGUGGUGGAGGAAGAGGAAAUCGUAACUCUAACCGCGGUGGAACCCAAACUGGACGUGGUGGGCGCCGCCAACACUUUGGCGCUCGUCUGACCGAAGGAUCACCCAAAUCCGCUGCUCCAGCUUCAGAGCCCGCGCCUCCACCACCAACCUCUGGCGAUCUCACUUCAAGGCUCAUAUACUCGCUUACUCACAAGCACGACGCUGUCGACUGCCCGAUAUGCUUCAACCCAGUUCAUCCAGCCCAACCGAUAUGGUCUUGUGCCCCUCCUCCCACUUUGAUUGGAGACGCACCCGCUACGUGCUGCUGGACCAUAUUCCACAUGAAAUGCAUUAAAGAAUGGGCUCGUAAGUCUGUCGAAGCGACUCGCGAAGCUUAUCGCGCUCGAAACGUUGAUCUCCCUGGCGAAUGGCGCUGCCCCGGCUGUCAGACUAAACGUACCGUGAUACCGCAGGCGUAUGCAUGCUUCUUUGUGGGGAGCCGUGUGCACGGGUUCGGAGAGAAUGCGAACACGCUUGUCCCAUGGCUUGUCAUCCCGGUCCGUGCCCUCCUUGCUUGCCUUGUCACCCUCCUUCGAAGACUCCUUCCAUUUGUCCCUUCUCACCCUCCCUCGUCACGACAUGCCCUUGCACCAAAACUCCCCUUUCGGUUGAGCGAAUCACUUGCGUCGAUCCUAUUCCUACUUGCUCUCAAUCGUGUGGCAAAAUUCAUUCGGAGUGCGGACAUGCCUGCACCAAAGUCUGUCAUACGGGCUCCUGUCCCCCAUGUACGCUGCCUAUCUCCGUCAAGUGUCGAUGCGGAGAGACGACUUCUCAAGUUCCUUGCAACGAACUUGCCGGUGGUCAACAAAUUCUAUGCCAGAAAACAUGUAAAGCCCUGA